AUGGCUCCUGGAUUGAAUUACGGGGUCCAAGCUUUUGAGGGCAUGAAGGCAUUCCGAACUCCCAACGAUCAGAUCGCACUAUUUCGUCCUGAUCAGAAUGCAAAGCGUAUACAACAUUCGGCUUCAUACAUAUCCGCACCAGCAAUUCCCGAGGAGCAUUUCCUCCGAUGUGUCUCUCUGGCGGUAGCCGCGAAUGCCGAAUAUGUCCCACCCUAUGAGACUGGUGCAGCAAUGUACGUGAGACCUCUACUGUUCGGGUCCUCUGCUCAACUGGGACUAAAUCCGUGCGGCGAGUACACUUUUGUCGUCUUUGUGAUGCCUACAGGAGUUUAUCAUGGCCUUCACGCAGUUGAUGCGCUGGUCAUGGAGGAUUUCGACCGUGCAGCACCGGAUGGCACGGGAAGCGCAAAACUUGGUGGCAAUUACGGUCCUGUGCUGAAAUGGUCUGAAAAGGCCAGGAACGAGGGCUUCGGCAUCACACUCCAUUUAGACAGCAAGACCCGAUCAGAGAUUGACGAGUUCUCAACAAGCGGCUUCAUAGGGAUCAAGCAGGAAGAUGAUCAAGUCACCCUAGUGGUGCCAGAUAGCAAGAACGUCAUCAAGUCCGUGACCAGCGAAUCUGUGUUCCAGAUCGCUCGCGAUAUAUGUGGCUUCAAGGUUGAGAAGCGGCAGAUACGUUACGAUGAACUGAAGGAUUUUGAGGAAGUCAUGGCAGCUGGGACAGCAGCAAGUCUGGUUCCAGUGAAGAGUAUCACGAUGAGAUCUAAAGGCGAUAAAUUCGAGUAUGCUGGGAAAGACAAUGGCGAGCCUGGACCAAUUUGCUUGAAGCUGCUGAAGAUUCUCAAAGACAUCCAGCAGGGCAAGGUUAAGGACCAAUUCGGCUGGAUCAUGCAGGUCGAAGCUCCACCUGAUAGUUUUGUAGCCGGGUCAGCAGGUUUAAACGGAGCAACUCAUGAGGGGGGAGUGGAUGAACUGCCUUGA